GUUGGCAAAGCUGCCCUGAUCCCCGACCGAAAGCCCCGAUCUGCCUCCCCAAAAGCCUCGUGACCCUGAGACGCGUUCCACCUCUGGGCCUGGGGCCUAGAAUAUUUAGGCCAGGUAAGAGGAAGGGCUAAACUGGGGAAGGGGCCGGGAUCGCUGCCCUCACCAGUCCUGGUGGUCCAGGCACCAACCCAUGGCGCCCAAGAAAAAGCGCGGCCCGAGCGCAGGGAACCAGCCAGGUGGUGAGGCGGCCGCGGGUGCCGAGCAGCCGCUAUCGGAGCGCGCGCAGUGCCUGCAACGCGAACACGCGCUGCUCUCGGAGCAGCUGGACACCUGCGAGGAGCGCGUUGACCAGGUGCUGCGGGAGAACACCUUCCUGGACCGCGAGGCGCUGCGCCUGCGCGAGGAGAACCGGCUCUACGCCAGCUACGUGCGCGCGCGCGCCCAGCGCUGCGCCAACGCCAUCGUCCGGCUGGACGAGCAGAACCGCGUGGACCUAGCGCAGAUCCACUGGCAGCGGGCGGAACUGGCCUCGCUCUACCACGGGCGCGAGGACGGGGUGCGCGCGCAGCUGCUGGAGAUGGAGGCGCGCGCGGCGCAGAUGGCACGGCAGGUGCAGGAGCUGCAGCACUACAAGGUGCUGCAGCUGGAGCAGCUGGCCCGGAUCCGGGCGCUGGAGCGCGAGCUGCUGCAUAUGCGCGUGGAGCACACGCAGCUGCUCCACCGCGUGAAGCGGCGCUUCCUGGAGGACAAGGCGGCCUUCGAGCGCGAGGCGCGUCAGCGUGUGCAGUCCUUGGCGCGGCGCGCGGAGCGGGAGGCGGCGCGCGCGCUUGUGGCGCACACUCAGGCCAUCAAAGCGGACAACGGGCGCCUGCGGCAGGAGCUGCUGCUGCUGCUCCGCCAGACCCAGCUGCUGCACCACACGCGGCGCCAGCUGCUGGAACAGCGCGAGCAGCUGCACCGCGAGCACGAGGAUACGCGGGACCUGGCGCGUGUGCACAGCUGGCUGCGCAGGGGCCCCGGAGCCCCGCCGCUCUGGGAGCCGCCAGCCUUCUCCCAGCCCACCUCGCGCCCUGGGUCAUUAGCCGCCCCCAUAGGCUCGUCGCGCGCGGCCUCCCAGACCCCGUCCGUGGUACCGUCGCGCGCGGCCUCCCAGACCCCGUCCGUGGUACCAUCGCGCGCGGCCUCCCGGGCCUCUUCCGUAGUCCCGUCGCGCGAGGCUUCCCGGGUCCCCUCGUUGGUGCUGUCGAGCAUGGACUCCAGGGUCCCAUCGCUGGCCACUUCAAAGGUGGGAUCCCGGAUCCCAUCCCUGACCGCAUCGCACGCAGGCUCCCGGGCCCUGUCGCUGGCGCAGUCACUCGAGGGCUCGCAGAUCUCUUCGGGGUCCUCAUUGAGGGUGUCCUCACAGGACACUCUCCGCUCUACGAAGUCUGGCCCCAAGCUUCGCUCUGGCCUGUCCCGGGAUCGGGAUCCGGCCCUUCUCCCCCCACAGUCGGAGGAGAGCGUGAACGCUGAAGCUGCGGCAGAAGCCUCCCCGGGGAGAGCCUGAACCUGCAGAGAGGGAGGCCCGGGAGGCCCUGGUGUGGGCGAGUCAGGCGCGCAGGACGCUUGCGGGGAUAAUGCAAUGGUUAAUAAAGGCGUGGCCCCCAGGCGGCUCUGACACCCUGGGGUGCAUGCUCUAGCA